CUGUUCGUGACUUUUAGGGGGUCGGUGGUGACCUAUGCGCGAUGGCUUUAGAGCUCCUGCGGAGGUCUCCAGCCUUGUAGAGUCGCCCCGAAUAGGACGAGUCAAUUUCAUUAACCAGCUCGGCGGUCUCACAGAUCAAGUUGAAAGAUUCUAUAAAGAGGCAUACCAGGAUCCUGCAAAGUCCUAGGGACUCUUGCUCCUUGCUGCUCAAGAAAUGUCUUCACUUUCAGAAUAUGCUGUGCGCAUGAGUCGUCUGAGUGCUCGGCUAUUUGGUGAAGUUGCCAGGCCUACCGAUUCCAAAUCCAUGAAAGUAGUAAAGCUAUUUAGCGAGCAGCCUUUGGCCAAGAGGAAGGAGACUUAUGACUGGUAUCCAAAUCACAACACUUAUUUUGCGCUUAUGGGGACACUACGUUUUCUUGGCCUCUACAGAGAUGAGCAUCAGGACUUCAGGGAUGAGCAGCUGCGUCUGAAGAAGCUUCGUGGAAAGGGGAAACCAAGGAAAGGAGAAGGGAAAAGAGCAACGAAAAAGAAAUGAUGCUGGUCCGUCGGGCAAGGAGAUGCCUUCCUUGGCGACUGAGAGCAGAAGGGCGUGUGUUUGUUGUCUCUCCACAGACUGGAGCCCUGUGAGCCCCCUGAGGUGAAGGUGCUUUGGAGGAACACAGUCAUCUCCAGGUGGAAAUCUAAUCCGGUUGAAUUGGGACUGGGUUCUUGAACAUAUGCUAAUUGUGCAAAAUUAUUUUGGCCUUGGUUCUAUAACCUGAGGUUUCCCUUAUUCCCCAAAGAAAGGAACACAUGAUUAUUGCUGAAUGACUUGUUUGGGAGGGGAUGGGAGGCUGGGGGAGUGGAGGGGAAACUCAUUAAAUGAACAUCCUCAUUACUGCCUUCUCACCUCCCCACUUAGCCGGCCCUAAACUCUUUCAUCUCUCCGGCUGUUCAGCCACUGUCUCCACCACCAAGCUCACAAACUUCAUGCGCCUCUCCACCUACUCCUUUGACAAGACCUGUAAGAUAAAUGUGCAGGAUAAAAGGCUGUGCCUGGUCAGAGUA